UUAUACCAUCUUCUUCUCCAUCAAAUUUCAAUUUCUUUCAAUCCCUCUGAAUCACAAUCAAAACCUUCACAGAUCCAAAUUAAAAAAAUUAAACAUCUAAGCAAACCCUAAAAAGUUCGAUCGUCUAAAGAAACCCUAAAACCAAACCACAUUAACUAAUCGUGGCUCCUUCAACUCCACAAGCCCCUUUCAGAAGAAAACCCUCUUCUUCCUCAACAUCAUCAGCAUCACAACCACAAUAUCAAACAGGUGCAACAAGAAUUGUGUACAGAGAACCAAUACCAUUUUGGCAACAAAACUGGUUUAUUGGGCUGCUAUUUGCUAUGGCUAUUGCUUUUUUUACUCUUUCAAUUUUCCUCUUUUUAAAUCUUGACCUUGAAUAUGCCUCAUUCUCAUCUGCAUCUGCUGCCACCUCAUCAUCGUCCUCCUCCUCAUCUGAAUCUGUUGAGAUUACAUAUGGAACGGUUCUCAAAUUGAUGCACGAGCGGACAAAAUUCAGGUUACAUUCUCAUGAUGUACCUUAUGGUUCUGGUAGUGGACAGCAAUCUGUUACGGGAUUCCCUAAUGUCGAUGAUGCCAAUAGUUACUGGAUUGUUAGGCCCGAGCCAGACACGGCUAAACAAGGUGAUCCUAUCAAGAGUGGGACAAUCAUCCGUCUUCAACACAUGAAGACUAGAAAAUGGCUGCAUAGCCAUUUGCAUUCAUCCCCAAUAUCAGGAAACCUGGAGGUUAGCUGCUUUGGAGGAGAGUCUCAGUCCGACACUGGGGAUUACUGGAGGCUUUUUAUCGAAGGGAGUGAGAAAACUUGGAAGAAAGAUCAACGGAUUCGGCUCCAACAUGUUGAUACUAGUGGCUACUUGCACAGUCAUGAUAAGAAAUACCAAAGGAUUGCUGGAGGCCAGCAAGAGGUUUGUGGUGUCCGAGAAAAGCGUGCGGAUAAUGUUUGGAUAGCAGCUGAAGGCGUGUACCUCCCUGUUGCUGAAAGCAAGUAGGAUCCUACUCAACUCUAUUAGGCUAAUUACUUUGUAAAAACAGGUGCACGGGUUUUGAGUUUAGUAGCGGCGGGUGCCUGUUAUCGUACUUGCUGUGGAUUCUUUAUAUUAAAGAAGGAAGUAUAUUUCAAAGAGUUAGGAUGUAAUUGCUACUGCUUUACAGGCAUUAUAUCAAACCUCUGAAGAUUUGUUUCUUUAA